AUGUCGCAAGUCCACGCCCUCUCCGACGACCAGGUCGCCGGCGAGCUCAAGAAGAUGACGGCCUUUAUCCGUCAGGAGGCCAUGGAAAAGGCGAAUGAGAUUCGUCUCAAGGCCGACGAGGAGUUCGCCAUUGAAAAGUCCAAGCUAGUGCGCCAGGAGCAGGCCUCCAUCGACGCCUCGUACGAGAAGAAGUUCAAGCAGGCCAGCAUGUCGCAGCAAAUCACCCGCUCCACCGUCUCCAACAAGAGCCGAUUACGCAUUCUGUCCGCCCGCCAGGAGCUGCUCAACCGAUUGUUCGAGGACGCCGAGAAGAAGCUGGCGGAUAUUUCCAAGGAUAAGACCAAGUACCAGUCUAUCCUCAAGAACCUUAUUCUCGAGGGCGCAUAUGCCCUGAACGAGGACAAGUUGCAGGUCAAGGUGCGCAAGGCAGACAUUGAUCUGACCAAGAAGGCCAUCGAAGAGGCUCAGACCGAGUUCAAGAAGAACCUGAGCAAGGACGUUGCCAUUACCAUUGACGAGAGCGACCCGCUGCCCGAGGGAUCUGCUGGCGGUGCCAUUAUUGUCGGUACAAACGGCAAGAUCGACAUCAACAACACCUUCCAAGAACGACUCAAGCUACUCGAAUCCCAGGCACUUCCAUCUAUCAGGGUCACGCUCUUUGGCGAGAACGAGAACAGAAAGUUCCACGACUAA